AUGGAUUCCGCCAAGCCAGCGUUCCGUGUCUACGCGGCAUCUGAUUCAUACGGUGCGACUCUUAGAAGCGCCAUGGUCAGUUAUCUUCGCUCAAAAGGCAUAGAGGUUGAAGACUAUGGCGAAGACAAGUACUACACGGCAGCUGAACGCGUUGCCAAAAGCGUCGCAGCCGACCGCUCGGCGACAGAUUCUCCUGCCUGCGACACGCGCGGACUGCUUGUGUGCGGAACCGGCACCGGCGUUACAAUCUUUGCAAAUAAAAUCCCGACAGUGUACGCCGUGCUGUGCGACACCACUGACGUGGCGAAGAACGCCAGGUCGAUCAAUAACUGUAACGUACUCUGCAUGGGUCAAUUUCAGACGACUCCUGAGAAAGGGCAAGAGAUUGUGGAUGCUUGGCUCGCAACGGAAUUUAAGGCGCCGUGUCCAGCGAGUGGUAACCAACCGUGGAACAAAGAAGUCUUUGAUUUCCUGACAAACGCGCCUGACGAAAUGGCUGCAGUAGGGAUGACAGAAUCUCCACAGUUACCAGGUUGUGGGGUCUCACAAGAUGGCAAAGCUGCAGCAUGA